UGUGCGCGCGCGGACGCUAGCUGGAGCCGGAGCGCGCGCGGCGACGGCCGCCUGGAGGGGUUCUGGGUGUGUUUAUUGGCAUGCGAGGGCCGGCGUUGUCCCAGCGGGGCGGACUGGCGGGUUUUGACUGCUCCACGGUCCUGAGGCGGAGAGGCUGGCUUUAUUCCUGAGCAGAAGGGGUGAGGGAGACGGAGGUGAGGCGUCUGGGCUGUCAGCGACCCGCAAGGACUUGAAGUAGACGCGGCGGCGUCCGGAGUGGCUCCGGGCUCCCGCCCGGGUGCAACUGCAGCGGGAGGGAAGGAACGACAGUCCGAGUGGCCCUCCUUCCUUUGUGUCUGUGUUGGAAUACUCACCUCGGCGCCUCGGGACUGCGUGGGCCGCCUGCGGGGGUGACGCCUCCUCCGCAGGUCGGAGGUUCCCGGGGGUCUUCAGGAGUCCCCCGGUUGCGGAGGCCCAGCUCAUGGUUGACAGAGAAGGAAGAAUUUGAGGGAGGAUGGAUGCAAAAGCUCGAAAUUGUUUGCUUCAACAUAGAGAAGCCCUGGAAAGGGACAUCAAAACAUCCUACAUCAUGGAUCACAUGAUUAGUAAUGGAGUUUUAACAGUGUCGGAGGAGGAAAAAGUAAAAAAUGAGCCCACCCAACGGCAACGAGCAGCUAUGCUAAUUAAAACGAUACUUGAAAAAGAUAAUUAUUCCUAUAUAUCAUUCUACAAUGCUUUGCUACAUGAAGGGUAUAAAGAUCUUGCCAGCCUUCUCCAUGGUGGCAUUCCUGUCAUCUCUUCUUCCAAUGGCAAAGAUUCAGUUGGAAUAACUUCAUAUGUAAGGACAGUCCUGUGUGAAGGUGGAGUACCACAGAGGCCCGUUGUUUUUGUUACUAGGAGGAAGCUAGUGAAUGCAAUUCAGCAGAAGCUCUUCAAACUGAGUGGUGAACCAGGAUGGGUCACCAUAUAUGGAAUGGCAGGUUGUGGGAAGUCUGUAUUAGCUGCAGAAGCUGUUCGAGAUCAUUCUGUCUUAGAAGUUUGUUUCCCAGGGGGUGUGCAUUGGGUUUCAGUUGGGAAACAAGACAAAUCUGGGCUUCUGAUGAAACUGCAGAAUCUUUGCACACGGUUGGAUCAGGAUGAGAAUUUCUCCCAGAGGCUUCCACUUAAUAUUGAAGAGGCUAAAGACCGUCUCCGCAUUCUGAUGUUGCGCAAACAUCCAAGGUCUCUGUUGAUUUUGGAUGAUGUUUGGGAUCCUUGGGUGUUAAAAGCUUUUGACAAUCAGUGUCAGAUUCUUCUUACAACCAGAGACAAGAGUGUUACAGAUUUAGUAAUGGGUCCUAAAUAUGUAGUCCCUGUGGAGAGUGGUUUAGGAAAAGAAAAAGGACUUGAAAUUUUAUCCCUUUUUGUUAAUAUGAAGAAAGCAGAUUUGCCAGAACAAGCUCACAGUAUUAUAAAAGAAUGUAAAGGUUCACCUCUUGUAGUGUCUUUAAUUGGUGCACUUUUACGAGAUUUUCCCAACCGCUGGGAGUACUACCUCAGGCAACUUCAGAAUAAGCAAUUUAAGAAGAUAAGGAAAUCUUCAUCUUAUGAUUAUGAGGCUUUGGAUGAAGCCAUGUCUAUAAGUGUUGAAAUGCUCAGAGAAGACAUCAAAGAUUAUUACACAGAUCUUUCCAUUCUUCAGAAAGAUGUUAAGGUGCCUACGAAGGUGUUUUGUAUCCUUUGGGAUAUGGAAACUGAAGAAGUUGAAGACAUACUGCAGGAGUUUGUUAAUAAGUCUCUCUUGUUCUGUGAUCGAAAUGGAAAAUCAUUUCUUUAUUAUUUACAUGAUCUUCAAGUAGAUUUCCUUACAGAGAAGAAUCACAGCCAGCUUCAGGAUCUACACAAGAAACUAAUCACUCAGUUCCAGAGACAUCUCCAGCUACAUUAUCUUUCACCAGAUCAGGAGGACUGCAUGUAUUGGUACAAUUUUCUGGCCUAUCACAUGGCUAGUGCUAAAAUGCACAAAGAACUGUGUACUUUAAUGUUUUCCCUGGAUUGGAUUAAAGCAAAAACGGAGCUCGUAGGCCCUGCUCAUCUGAUUCAUGAAUUUGUGGAAUACAGGCAUAUGUUGGAUGAAAAGGAUGGUACAGUCUGUGAGAAUUUCCAGGAGUUUUUAUCUUUAAAUGGACAUCUUCUUGGACGACAGCCAUUUCCUAAUAUUGUACAACUGGGCCUCUGUGAACUGGAAACUUCAGAAGUUUAUCAGCAAGCUAAGCUGAAGGCCAAGCAGGAGGUCGAUAAUGGAAUGCUUUACGUGGAAUGGAUAAACAAAGAAAACAUCAAGAAUCUCUCCCGCUUGGUCGUCCGCCCCCAUACAGAUGCUGUCUACCAUGCUUGCUUUUCUGAGGAUGGUCAAAGAAUAGCUUCUUGUGGAGCUGAUAAAAACUUGCAGGUUUUCAAAGCUGAAACAGGAGAGAAACUUCUAGAAAUCAAGGCUCAUGAGGAUGAAGUGCUUUGCUGUGCAUUCUCUGCAGAUGACAGAUUUAUAGCAACCUGCUCAGUGGAUAAAAAAGUGAAGAUUUGGAAUUCUAUGUCUGGGGAACUAGUACAUACCUAUGAUGAGCACUCAGAGCAAGUCAAUUGCUGCCACUUCACCAACAAUAGUAAUCACCUUCUCUUAGCCACUGGUUCAAAUGACUGCUUCCUCAAACUCUGGUCUCUGAAUCAAAAAGAAUGUCGAAAUACCAUGUUUGGCCAUACAAAUUCAGUCAAUCACUGCAGAUUUUCACCAGAUGAUAAGCUUUUGGCUAGUUGUUCAGCUGAUGGAACAUUAAAGCUUUGGGAUGUGAAAUCAGCAAACGAGAGGAAGAGCAUUAAUGUGAAGCAGUUCUUCCUAAAUUCAGAGGAGCCUCAAGAGGAUAUGGAAGUGAUAGUGAAAUGCUGUUCAUGGUCUGCUGAUGGUGCUAGGAUAAUGGUGGCAGCAAAAAAUAAAGUCUUUCUGUUUGACAUUCACACCAGUGGCCUGUUGGCAGAAAUCCACACAGGCCAUCAUAGCACUGUCCAGUACUGUGACUUCUCCCCUCAUAACCAUUUGGCAGUGGUGGCUUUGCCCCAGUACUGCGUGGAGUUGUGGAAUAUGGACUCAUGUUUAAAAGUAGCUGAUUGUAGAGGACAUUUAAGUUGGGUCCAUUGUGUGAUGUUUUCUCCUGAUGGAUCAUCAUUUUUGACGUCUUCUGAUGACCAGACAAUCAGGCUCUGGGAGACAAAGAAAGUAUGUGAGAACUCUGCUAUAGUGUUAAAGCAAGAAAUAGAUGUUGUGUUUCAAGAAAAUGAAGUGAUGGUUCUUGCAGUUGAUGAUAUAAAACGUCUGCAACUCAUUAAUGGAAACACAGGUCAGAUUGAUUAUCUGACUGAAGCUCAAGUGAGUUGCUGUUGCUUAAGUCCACAUCUUCAGUACCUUGCAUUUGGAGGCGAAGAUGGAGCCAUUUGGAUUUUAGAACUCCUAAACAACAGAAUCUUCCAAUCCAGGAUUGGGCACAAGAACACUGUAAGGCACAUCCAGUUCACAGCUGAUGCAAAGACUCUUAUCUCAAGCUCUGAUGACUCUGCAAUUCAGGUAUGGAAUUGGCAAUCAGAGGAAUAUGUCUUUCUGCAAGCCCAUCAGGAAACUGUGAAAGACUUUAGACUCUUGAAAAAUUCAAGACUGCUUUCCUGGUCGUUUGAUGGAACAGUGAAGGUAUGGAAUAUUAUUACUGGAAGAAUAGAAAAAGACUUUGUCUGUCAUCAGGAUACAGUUCUUUCUUGUGAUAUUUCUCCUGAUGCAACCAAGUAUUCUUCUACCUCUGCUGACAAGACUGCAAAGAUUUGGAGUUUUGAACUCCUUUCCCCUCUACAUGAAUUGAGAGGCCACAAAGGCUGCGUGCGCUGCUCUGCCUUCUCUCUGGACAGUACCCUGUUGGCAACUGGAGAUGACAACGGAGAAAUCAGGAUAUGGAAUGUCUCAGAUGGUGAGCUUCUUCAUUUGUUUGCUCCGAUUUCAGUAGAAGAAGGAGCUGCUACUCAUGGAGGCUGGGUGACUGACCUUUGCUUUUCUCCAGAUAGCAAAAUGCUUGUUUCUGCUGGAGGAUAUCUUAAGUGGUGGAAUGUUGUCACUGGGGAAUCCUCACAGACCUUCUACACAAAUGGAACCAAUCUUAAGAAAAUACAUGUGUCCCCUGACUUCAAAACAUAUGUGACUGUUGAUAAUCUUGGUAUUUUAUAUAUUUUAAAGAUUUUAGAGUAAAAUAGUUAAGCAGCGAUGUAAGUUGAACUCUUUUAAUUUUGAAUUGGAAAAAAAAUCCUAAUGAAACUGUAUUUCAACAUUUUAUAAAGCUGUGAAUUGUUUUGCAGUAUCGCGUUCGUUACAAAAGUGUUUGUGGUUGGAUGAAUAAUAUUAAUGUAGCUUUUCCCAAAUGAACACACCUUUAUUCUUAUUUUUCAUAAUCAUCAUUUUCAUAUGAUUAUGAUCAUAUGAAAUCAUCAAAAUCAUCAUUUUUAACAGUUUGUCCUUAAGAUACAAAUGAAAAUGUAAAUAUGUACCUUGUUAUACCACUGGUAAAAUUCUCCCUUGAUGCAUUCAAAUUGGUUGACAUAAUUAAUGAGAAUAAUUUGAAGGAAAUAUAUAUUUUAAUAAUAUUAUUAUGCAGGCUGUGCCUCAGGGUAGUAGUGGCUUGAUUUCUGAACCACAUUUACCCCAAGGGGGUAUAGUUCUCGCAAAUAUAGUCUCAGAACUUAUGUGCACCCUUUAAAUUUGCUUUAAAAAUAUUGUGUCGGGCCUCCCUGGUGGCGCAAGUGGUUGAGAGUCCACCUGCCGAUGCAGGGGAUGCGGGUUCGUGCCCCGGUCUGGGAGGAUCCCAUGUGCCGCGGGGCGGCUGGGCCCGUGGGCCAUGGCCGCUGAGCCUGCGCGUCCGGAGCCUGUGCUCCGCAACGGGAGAGGCCACAACAGUGAGAGGCCCGCAUACCGCAAAAAAAAAAAAAAAACAAACAAAAAUAUUGUGUCUAUGUGUACAGUUUGCAAAAUUUCCUUUAAUUCACUUGAUAAGUGAGUCUUAGAUUUCAAAAGUACUCUCUGUGAAGCAAAAGUUACGUGUGUUGGAGUGAGUAGAUUUUGUUGGUCUACCUUUUCUCAUUAGCUGAUAGCCCCGGGCUGGACCUGGACUCUAGCUGUCAGUCUCUGAACUGGGCACUCUCCUGCUUUCUCUGGUUUUUUACAUACCAGACUUCCUACUUGACUGAACUUAACCUUUCUUAAUCCUCACUUUUCUCUCUUUUUUUAAAGUAAUUGCUCCACAGUUAAAUGUUAGUAAAUCUGAAUAAUUGGGGAGGAGCCAAUUUUAAUCAUAAUUUUUAACAACAGAAUUUUUCCAAGAUAUAGAAAAUAGUAAAAAAUAAUUUUCUUCUAAUUCCAUUUACUUUCAGAUGAACGGCAUUGCCAGUGCUAUUCUCUUAGUGAAUUUCAAGAGAAUUCUCUGUGGUUUUCUACACAAUACUGGAAGAGUCAUUGUGACUGCAAGAUGUCACCUUUAACCUUCCAGCCAGUCUGUUUUCCUUCCCCUUCUCUCCCUCCUUCUCUCCUUCCCUCCCUCCCUCUAAGUUUAAUCAGGAAAGAUAGUUUUGACAGGGAAAAAGCAUAUCAACAUCAGUAACUAGCUUUUUUGAUUUCCUGAUUAGGAACUUUAAUUGUAGCUUAAAUCUAAACAUUUUCCCUGAAAUAUAUUGUUAAGGAAAAUGGUGAUAAAUUAGUAAUAGAUGUGGUUCUUACAUAAAAAAAACAACCAAAAUUCAAAAUUUUUUGUUGCUGCAACAAGAACUAAAUCAGAUGAGUAUUAGCAUUAACAGUAGGUAAGCACUGAGCCAGUUUCUGUUGUUGGUGCAUAUUAGUAGAUGUGGGGUAGGUAGGGAGGGAACAGACCCCUCCAGAUGUAUUUUAGAUUAGAUGUUCCUAUUUAGCAUUUGAGGGAACCAUAAAGAGAGUGAAUAAAAUAUUUUACAUUGUUAAGGAGGUUUUUUUGUUUUUUUUGUUUUAUGGUGGGUUGAGGAAUUAAUUUAGGGGCUUACUGUGAUUUAAGCAAAUGUGACAUGAAAAUCUUAAUUUUAUAAAAAGAAAUUUCUGUAAAUGUUAUGUUCUGCUUACAGUACCCAAAUCAUAAUUUGAUUUGCAUACAAUGUUUAGGAACUCAUUUAUAUCUCAGAGUAUAAAGUAUUAACUUUUGGAAUUAAAAGUCACUUGACUGUAAAAGUAUAACAACAAACAUCAACUUUUAAAACACCUUAAUUGGCUCUUAUCUUACAAAUAAAUUAAAAAGAAAAAUGAGAAGAAAGACCAGGUAACAUAAGGGAAGAAGAAAAGCCUUUCAUAGCAGCUUAAGUGGCCAGUCAAGGGGAGGGUUUUGUUUUGUACUUUUGGAUGAGCAUUUUUCAAGCAUUUCCCCCUUUAUUUUUUUUUGUAUUGGAAAUACAUUGCAUUUUGUAUAUAUAAGAUUUUUUUUUUACGUUGGAUGUGUCUUAUAUGUUUUGAAAACUGUUAGUUUUGUAUUUAUGA